UCUUCGUGACAACUCCUGGCUGGUGCAAACCCCCGCCAAGUUAGGCCGACCUGGGCCGGUGGUUUCGGCUGGUGGGGAUCCUCAUCUGGUCCCUGUACCAUGGCGGUGUUUCACGAUGAGGUGGAAAUCGAGGACUUCCAAUAUGACGAGGACCUGGAGACGUAUUUCUACCCCUGCCCUUGUGGCGAUAACUUCUGUAUCACCAAGGAAGAUUUGGAGAAUGGGGAAGACGUGGCGACGUGUCCUAGCUGCUCUCUCAUUAUAAAAGUGAUUUAUGACAAAGAGCAGUUUAUGUGUGGAGAAACAGUCCCAGCCCCUUCCUCCAACAAAGAGUUAGUCAAAUGCUAAAAGCGACUUUAGGAAUCCAAAUCCCGAACAUUUGGGAAUUAGCCCAGCUGGACAAGUCAAGGGCAAAGUGACCGGCUUCUUCAUGGGGACAGCCAUUUCGCAGUUUGCUGUUCUGGAUUCUUCCCACUGGCUGCCUAGUUCAUCUCCAAUUAAAGAUCGAGUCCAUGACAUGGCACAUCCGGAUUUCCUGCGUAGAACUUGAACUGGAAAAAGUGUUCUGUUCUUCCUCAUGGAUUUAAAAGAAGACAAUUUCAAGUCAGUGCGUCCUUUCCCUCCAUUUUGUUAUUUUUAUCUCAUACCUAUUAUUACCUGAUAACGCCAUCAUCUACCUCAACAUCAUUAGGAUUCCUUAAUUUUUAAAAAGGGGUUUCAUUUUUAAUUGGUCAUUAAGAUGAUUAAAAUUAGAAAUUGACAUUUUUGAAAUUGACAUUAGGUUUGUUCUUCUAAACUUAAGAAAGUUGGGCACCGUGUCUUCCCAGUCAGGCUGUUAGCAGACAGUUCCUGUCCCCCUGAGUGUGGGUUUGCCAUUGUCAUGCUCUGAGUUCCGAUCAGGGUGUUAGUAUAUGGAGCUCACAGUUCCCUCCAGAGCUGAAAGUUGGUGAGAAAGAAAGUCAAAAGUGAAGUGGCCAAAGAAUUUCGAGUUUUCCUUAUCAAUAUUCCACAAGUUCCUUGAAAAUUAGGACAAGACAAAAAGCCCAGCCCAAGGAAGUGACAUUGGUAACAGUGACAGGAGAAAAGCAUGCCAGCUUAGCAAAUUAAGUGCCUCCCUGUUGUGGCCAGAUCAGAGCAAAUAAUACUUCUGUGUCUGGGUUCUUGUGUGCUCCUUAUGGAUACGGCUAACGGAAUUUCACUCUACAUAGGGGUUAAUGUCAGGUCUUCGUGGUGGCGGCAGAGCUUUUAGCCUUUGCACAACAUCAAGUCAUUGCUCCAAAGGUAAAGCUUUUACAACACUUGUAUUUGCUGGGGAAGAACUUGAAAAUGAGGUCCGCUCUAAAUAAUGUGCCCCUGGGACACAUCUAAGAGGCCUCUGUGUUGUAAACAAACCAGACAUCCGCUCUUGCAGAGAAGUGUUGCCCUAGAGAAAGAGACCUACGUAAAGGUAGGCUAUCAGUUUUCCUUUGCUGCAGGGCUGAGAGCAGCGAGGAAUUAGCAUCACUUCCUUGGAAAUUCAAAAGUUCCCUUUGUAUACACAAUUUUGCUGGGUGUGUGAAGUUUUUAAAAAAAAACUCACCAAUAUCUGGCAGGUUGUUUUGGUGGUGGCUCCUACAACUAAACAGGAAAGUCCUUACCAGCAUGUGCACAUUCGGUUACUGGUUGAUAAACGUGCUGCAUACACGCAUGAGUAUUUACAUUUUAGGCAGUGAAUGGCUUUUAUUUUAAGGGGGGCUGUCAGCAGCGUGGCUGUGUGCAGCCAUUAGCUGAGGCAUAAGUAAACCACCAAAAAUGUGUGCUGGAAGUACUUGUACAUUAUGUGAAGCAUUUUGUGGCAUAUUCUUGAUGUGAUUAGAAAUCUCAUUGCUGUCGGGAACACUGGCUCCCCAGAAACCAUCCACACCUGCUUCGGGGUCAGCUGUGGUUCAGGUGAACCGAGCAGGCACUGACUGUGUUAGAAAUGAUCUACAAAGAGAACCAAAGUGCCCCAUGCGCAGAAGUUAAUGGCUCUGUGGAUAUUGAUGAUGUUAGCUCCCUCCAUUAAUGAUGAAUUUUGGACAAGAAUAGAGACCCUUGAUACAGGUCUGAGCACAGAGGAGCAGGAAGAAAAGUGGCCUGGGGCCAAACAUUUGGGGAGAAAAGCAUAAACGGCAAUCAGUGAUUAGCUGCAGUCAUGGGGAUGGUUUUGUUUCCAAAUAGUCAAGUCACUAAAAUUGUUAACCACAGAAGAAUGCAUGAGGAUUUAAUUUAAAUUUCUGUUAAGCAGAAAGUAAAGCCAGGGUCUUUUGGUCAUGCUAGGGUCCUGUAUGAUGUGAUAUAUGUGCCUUAUUUAAUUCAGCAGACAUUUCAGGAGCACUCCUGACAACUGAGUUGUAAUUCAGCCCUUGUCUUUUACUAGCUUUGUGAUCUUUGGCAAGGCCAGUGUGUUAACUGUGCUCUUAGGAGGCUGGAUCAGGUGAUUUGUAAACUGUCAGUUCAGGCUUUGUAGCUUGCUGGAGCUGAAAUGGUCAUUGAAACCUUCAUAAACUCAAAACUAACUAAAUCAUGAAUUAUAAGAGAGACUCCAUUCUUUUUUCAGUAACUUGCUGUUACCACACUUCUGAGUUUGAGAAUUAUAGUCAACUGUAUAAAUGGUUCUGCAUAUUCUUUACACAUUCAGAAAAAUUCUUAGAAAGCACUCAACAUUUUUAUAACUAUAUAUUAAUUUAUUACCAGAAUAAUUAUAUUGGCAUGCUCAAUAAAGUCAGA